AUGUUCGACAGCAAACACGAGACGAUGAUCAUGAUCCGCGGGGAUUCUAUCCUGGGAGGUUGUUGUUUCCGUCAAUUCCAGACGCACUUCAUCGAGAUAGCUUUCUUAGCUGUGCGGUCAGUACACCAGAUACAAGGCAAUGGGACGAGGUUGAUGAACCACAUGAAAGAGUACGCAAAGUCGAUCGGUGUGCACUACUUCCUCACGUAUGCUGAUAAUCAUGCUAUUGGGUAUUUCAAACGCCAGGGCUUCACGAAGCACCUUUCCUUCCCGAAAGCUCAGUGGAAUGGGUUCAUCAAAGAUUACGAUGGUGGGAGCCUCAUGGGAUGCAGACUUUUCGAAAAUGUCAACUACUUAGAACUCGGCACUUGCCUUGAAGAACUUGCUCAGAAGGUCUGGGAUGACUUGAUGUAUUGCAGGCCACCGGAAGAGGCAUUUGACGGUUUGGACUUCAGCGACGGGGUCGCGAAAAAUCCCAUGUCGAUUCCAGGCGUCAUGGAGUGUGGGUGGAUACCCGAACUCGAUGAAGUGCACCAGAGCAACCGGCAAAGUACGUUACAAGGACAGAUGUCUGCCAUUAUCACCUCUGUGUCGAAGAAACCAUUCGCUUGGCCCUUCCGGGAACCCGUUAGUCUCAGAGAAGCACCGAAUUACUAUGAGAUCAUCACGAAGCCGAUGGAUCUUCAAACGAUGAAGAAUAAGUGUGACAGUGGUCAGUACCAAACCCGUGAGCAGUUUAUUGCGGACGUUGACCUCAUGCGGGAUAACUGCAUUACAUUUAACGGCAGAAACAGCGAAUACACAGAGCGGGCGAAUGAAGUUCACGAGUAUGUUGUAUCACGGGCGAAGAAACUUGCUUGUUACAUCAGCGAGGCAUCUGUGCGAAGUGCUCACACAUCUCGAGCGACCACUCCGGAAAGUGCAGAAAAAGACACUAUCACGUAA